UAACAAAAUCGUCGAUCUUAGCAGUUAUCAGUAGAUGUUUUUACCGCUGUAUUCUGCAUUAAACGCUAAUUUAUGUGUGUGUGCUAAAUUGUCACCGGAAACAUUUGCCAACUGUGUGGUGGACUCAGCCUGUUUGAACAGCGCCGUUUGCUCCAGUGCGGCAUAUGUCAGGCAGUAGGAAACGUGUAAGAUGACGACAAACUGCUGGUGAAAAACCCAAUUACGGGAUAGCCUGUUGCUUAAUUGAGUUUAAAUCCACCCGCGAUAAAUUGGCCCGAUUACGUUAUGAUCUGGUUAAUCAAGCGUAUACAUUGAAAAUUGCAAUGAUGCGGCUAUACUUACAUAUGUGUGUGCGCGUGUCUGUGUGUGAGCCAAGAGGCAUGAACCGUUUGAAGAGUCGAUUCAGCUUUUAAGUGGCUUUUUUGAGAUCCCUACAAGAUGGCAAUCUCUGAAACAUUUUGCGCGAUAAACGGAUUUCUGAAAUGCACUUAACAGAUUGAUCUGUCCCCCCGAUGCUCCACCCCGCCGUAUAUGCAAAACCGGCAAAAUACUUGGGAUGCGGCUAUUUGGUCGCCAUGCGUGUAUUGCCUAUCAGGACAUAUAUAUUGCUGCAGCGGACUCAUGGGAAGUAAUACAUUAUUAAAUCAUGGGAACGGUGCUGGCCAAGUAACUACUCACCAUUUCCUGUGUUGACAGUCCUUCACACGACGUAUAGUCUUCAUACUUUUUAUAUUGCCUAAUUACAGCCUCCCUGACACUAUCGUCCAUCUCCUAUGCAUCGCACAGCUAUAGGUUGCAGCUGGCUGCAAACGUGGGCUCGUUUGUGCUCGUGCACGAUUAUACAGCAACUCACUGUGACCUUUUACCAGCUAUAUUACAUGAGCACCCAUGAGGAGUUCCCUGAAUGUUCUUGCUGGAAUAAUAGGCCUUUUGUCCAUUUGUAAAGAUUCUCUGCAAGGAUAUCACGAAAAGCGUCUUUUAAACAGUUUUUUCGGACCGGGGUCGAAUUACAGUAACAUGGAACGGCCCAUCCUUAAUGAGUCCCUCGCUCUUCCAGUUCAUUUCGGUUUAACAUUACAGCAAAUUAUGGAUGUGGAUGAAAGAAAUCAGCUUCUCUCCACCACCCUCUGGAUUACAAUGGAGUGGAAUGACUACAAUCUGAAAUGGAACAGCAGCGAAUAUGGGGGAUUAUCCGACAUACGGGUGCAUCCGGACAAGGUUUGGAAGCCGGAUGUCCUGCUGUACAACAGUGCUGAUGAGCGCUUCGAGAACACAUUUCAUUCUAAUGUGGUGGUGUACAGUACGGGUGACUGCGUGUACAUACCUCCCGGGAUCUUCAAGAGCACUUGCAAGAUUAACAUAAAAUGGUUUCCAUUUGACGAACAGCAUUGUACGCUCAAAUUCGGCUCCUGGAGUUACGACGGCAAUAGGAUCGAUCUGCAGCUGAAGAAGAACGAAGCAGAUCUAUCCGGAUUCAUGAAGAAUGGCGAAUGGGAACUCAUUGGAGUACCUGCUCAAAGAAACGUUAUCACUUAUGAAUGCUGCCCUGAACCAUAUGUGGAUGUGACCUUUACGAUUAUUAUUCGCCGAAGGGUGUUGUUUUAUGUUUUCAAUCUCGUGCUUCCAUGUGCUUUAAUAAGCUCCAUCACACUUUUGGGAUUCUGUUUGCCGGUUGAAUCAGGAGAAAAGUUGACCUUAGGUGUGACAAUUUUGCUCUCUCUUACUGUGUUCCUUUUGAUGGUUGCUGAGAGUAUGCCGGCUACUUCGGAUGCCGUACCGCUUUUAGGCACUUACUUCUCACUCAUUAUGAUGAUGACCGGGCUUUCCGUGGUACUUACGGUGAUUGUCUUAAAUGUGCACUUUCGUACUCCCCAAACGCACGUUAUGCAUCCUUGGGUUCGCAAGAUACUGCUGGUUUGGCUGCCUUUUAUCUUAGGCUUGAAGCGUCCUGGACCCAUGCCAAAUAUGUGCCCUCCAAAACCUAAAAUCUGCCGUUCCUGCUUUAAAACCGUCAAUGCUAACAACGUCAACUCAGACAAAAAUCACGGUCGUUCCCUAAAUGCCUUAGAUCUAGAGUCGCGCUCGUGCAGUCUGCUCGCGAAUGUACUGGAGCUCGAUGACCGGCCAAAAUCCUUGCAGUUGCUAAAUCACAACACUUUUUCUUCUCCGGAUCAUCAGUACGUCGUACGUCGCCGAUCCAGACCUCAGCAGUCAGGCCGUGUGGAAAAUGUGGAAGAUAUUUUAACCGAAGUGCGAUAUGUGGCGGAUCGGAUGCGAGCAGAAGAUACGGACAUGAUUACGACAAAUGACUGGAAGUUUGCCGCCAUGGUCCUCGACCGGCUUUUUUUAUGGAUCAUCGUAAUGUUUACGAUUGGCUUUACGGGUGGUGUUCUCAUGUCGGCACCGCAUUUUCAAGUGUAAUCAUGUAUGCAACAGGGCUGGCGCGACUGUUAAUUUCAGCAGCUGAUCAGCAAUUUUUAUUCAUUUUCAGCAUGACGAUUUACGGAUACACGUUAAAAUGAAACGUGAUGUUCGCUUUCUAAGCAGCUCUGUAGUUGUGUCAUUGCGACAUGUCAUCCGGGAGUGAAUAACACGUGUGUAAAAUUGUAUGACAAAG